UAAUUUACUUUACAUAAUCGACUCUUAUGUAUAUUACAUGUAUCCGUACACAUUUAUCUUACUCAAUAUCGUCUCAUGCAUGUACCUUGCAUAUCUCACUGAUUGCUUUCUGAAUUUUGCAAUACUGCCUCAUAAAUUUCUUCUUGUUUCUUAUUCGAUACACUCUCGCACGCAUACACAGGCGCAUAUUUUUAUUUAUAUUUUACUUCAGAAAUUUGUAUAUACGAUUUACUUCACAGUUUGUAUGCGAAGUUAAGUCAUAUCUCUGUGAAUCACUCUGUAUCCAACUACAUCUACAACCGGCGCUCUCUCGCAUAUAUGCGUGCGCGUGUAUCGCGUCCCACGCGUGUGUACGCGUGAUACGUGUUUCGGAGCAGCGAUGCCGAGAGCCGGCGCGAUACGAGACGGUCUGCGGUGACUGUGGCGAGCAUUUAGCGCGCUGUGACCGCUGCGCGGUCCAGUGGUCCAGUCGAUUGGAAGGAGUCGCGAGAGAAUGAGGCUCGUUCUGUCGCUCGUGGCCCUCCUCGGUGCGUGCGCGUGCCACGCCGGUGACGACGCCGAGAUCGAGAUCAAUGAGAUCGACGGCGGCCGACCGGUGCCGCAGCACGCGCGCGAUGCCACGCUCGCCGAGAUCUUCGAGAACGCGGUCCAGGCCUAUCUCGAGGAAGAUUGGGACGGCUGCGUCACGGGGUUUAACGACGCUCUACGUGGAUAUCAAGUGUAUAAACGCAUGGUGACGAUUUGCCGGCGAAAAUGCAAGGCCGAGGCGGCAGGGUCCUCGCCGAUCGUCGCGGAGGAUAUUGAGGAUCUGCACUUCUACGAGAGAAAAGUGAAGGAGACACUUUGUCUAAUGAAAUGUAAUCAGGAUUAUCGAGAAAUCGCCGGUGCGGGGGCGCUUAGGCGACUCCCACACGCCACGGAGAGGAAAUUCAUUGACCUUGUCAUUUACGAGUAUCUCCACAUCUGCUAUUUUCAGAAAAAAAGAUAUCAAGAUGCGGCGAACGCAGCUUUUACAUUCCUGUCUCAACAUCCCGAUCACGAGAUGACCACAAAGAACCUGAAAUAUUAUUUGAAUUUACCUGACGUGGCCGUGGAGAAGGUCGUGAAUUUGGAGGCGGCUCCCUUCGUGCAAAGGUAUGUCCGAGGGGUACAGGCAUACGAAGAUGAGAAUUAUGCGGAAGCUGUGGUCGAAUUCGAAAGCUCGCUCGAGUCUUACAUGGAAUCCGAGGAGCAGUGCAGACUCUAUUGCGAGGGUCCCUUCGAUCAAGGAUGGCAUCCCGAGUUUACCACUUCGAUAGCAAAUCACUUUACGUACUGUUUGAAGUGCAAACGUGGAUGUUCGCUUGCGUUGAAUAACGUAAACGGCAACUUUCAAAAUGAUCUGCUCAGAAGUCAUUAUAAUUAUUUGCAGUUCGCUUAUUAUAAAUUGGGUAAUUUGAAAGCAGCUUGUGCAGCAGUUACGAGUUACUUGUUAUUUUUACCUGCUGAUGAGACGAUGCUUCAUAACAAAGACUAUUAUAGCACCCAACCGAAAGUGAAAGAAGAGUACUUCUCACCAAGAGAGGAAGCACUUUUCUAUGUGAAGCGGCAAGAAUACGAGCUGAUGCUGCUGUUGUACAUAUCGAAUGAAUUCGCGGCAAUUGACGCCAGAUUUAAUGCAUUUACCAAGAAGAAUAAAAUAAAUAAAACAAAUAAAAACAAGAAGAAAGUUAACAGGAAGGAGUUAGAAAAGGAUUCUUCCUCGAGACCGAUCUUGCAUCCACCUCCAGGUCAUUCGCUGUCCAUCCAAACACGACUCAUGGGUAAUCUGUCCGCGUUUCGGGACGAGGAGGAGACGGGGAUGCGAGAAGAUCGUGUCAUGGAGCACCUAAGGGUCACGGACGAUGUGCGAUUGAUAGCAGGGGAAGAUGAGCUCGGCGGAAGAAACCGGUACGCGGCCGAUGGUUUCCUCAAUUCUACCGAUUGCAAUUUGUUCAUGCGACUCGCCCAGAUCGCCGUGGAGGGAGACGGCUACGAAGAGAACAUAAGUCCGCAUUCGUCUUACGAGCGUUUUGAGGGUGUGACUGUUGGCAGAAUGGCCUUGAUGGUAUACUUUGGUCUGACGAAGCCGGAAUUAUUGAAACUAUUCCUGCAACGCACGGAAGCGGCUCGUAGUCACGUGGAAAGGUAUUUCGACCUUGAUCGACCAUUGUAUUUCACCUACUCCCAUUUGGUCUGCCGAACGGCCUUACCCGGCUCGCCGGCGAAUCGAACUGACCUUAGUCACGAGAUUCAUGCUGAUAACUGCGUGAUAAAAGACGAAGGUCCCUGCUUGCGAGAAUAUCCCGCGUAUACAUGGCGAGACUACUCGGCGAUCUUAUAUCUCAACGAUGACUUCGAUGGUGGCGAGUUUUUCUUCGUCGAAGACUGGAAGAGACUUCGUGUUCGGGGCAUUGUUCGGCCCCGGUGCGGACGUAUGGUGGCUUUCUCCGCCGGUGGUGAGAAUCUUCAUGGCGUUCAGGGUGUACGUAGCGGCAGGAGGUGCGCAGUGGCGUUGUGGUUUACCCAGGACGAAAAAUACUUGGAGUACGAAAGGUUGAUGGCGGAUACCGUGUUACAGAGGGUCCGUAUUUUGGGUACCGUGCAACGGGAGGAUACGCAAGUACCGCUGAGAUAUGAAGACAUGUUGAUUCAAUGUUUCAAAGAAGAUGAGAUGUUGAGGCACAUACUGAGAGAAUAGCAAUUUAUACAAGAUAUAAGCUCUAUUUUACCUGCAUUUUGAAUUAGAACAGUCAUAGGUUCAAGUGUCAAAGUGAGAAGAAAGAAAAAGAGGAAUAUCUUUUGGCAGAUGCAAUUGACGAACUGAUCAAUUCGUGAUUUGCAAAAGACAGAAGUAAUUCAGUUUGAUGGAUGGCAGUCUAGAGAAUAGCACAUAUCCCUUCAUGAAUGGCUGGACCAUGAAGCUGGAACUCAAGAACUUGCUAAUCGUAUUUUAUAACAAUAAAUUAUAGAUCUGUAAUUAGCUCUUAAACUUACACGUUAAGAUUAACCGAAUAUUCUAUUUAAAGAAACGGACGAGCAUAGACGUUAAUCCCAGUCUUAUUUCCGACGAGUAUCCUCUGAUUUUUGAUUGACAUAAGUCCAUUAUGGGAAUGUGCAACGAUGAUGUUGGGAUUUGUCUUGACAGUCUUGCUGUGUUUAAUUUAAUCGAGUUUCUAGUCGGCACGUACAACAAAAUAACACAGACUCUUACAUCGUAUACCUCUCGCACACGUAGUCAAUUAUAUCUAAGUUAUUUUGCUAAUUAUAGUAUUAUUUUAUGUAGCAAAGUAUGUGUAAGCGAUGUCGUCGCGCAAUUGCACCAGCUGCAACAAUUGUUUAUAGAAAAUAUCCUAAAUCUUUAUUAGAACAUGGACAUAUUACAUGUCAACAAGUUUACAUAACCGCUCGCUAUGCACCACGCAAUGUUUCCAUCGCUUAUCGUUUAUUUAUAGUCCUCGUAUUUAUACUAUAUAUAAGAAGUUACACCUGUGUUAUAUUCGCGAUUGCGUCCCCUUCCUCCUUUUUUUCUUCUUAUUAUUCCUCUUACCGCGAGUUCCGCAUACAUAGUGGACAUUUUAUAUACGUCUCUUUGUAAAAUCAAUUCCAUCAAUUAAGCGUGCGUAUGGUAUUAAUUGUUCGUAAUUACUGACGCAUCUACAUACCACUGACGCAUCUACAUACCAUCGAAACGAUCGACAUCCGCGAUCCGUUCGCGUCCUUAUUGCAUUUGCAGGCCAAACAAAAGAAACGCACUCGUUAGUGGACAAAGCAAAAAGAAUUAGGAUUAGGAAAAAUGAUAGAGGAUGAAAAUUGAAAUACACAUUCUUCACUGCUCGAGAAAAUUACGAUUUGACGUCCCGCAUGGGUAGAGCUAAACAAGAGGGGGGACAUGAUUUCAGUAACUCUGACCAUAUACAUACAUUGUACAUCAAGGUCACAAGUCCGAGUGUGUUUCCCUGAUGGAAAUAUUUUGGUGAAACUGAAAUCAAUGAGACGUAAAAUAAAAGUUAUUGAAGGAUUACUGCAUGUAUCUCAAAAUGUAUCUCAUAAUUUUCCAUAUAAAGUUCAAUGUAAGAUUGCUAAAUGUAAGGAAAGUUAAAGUGUAUUGUUGAAAAGUAAUUAAAAAAUUAUGAAAUAUUAAAUAUUUUGAAAUUUAAUAAAUUUAACUAAAAACUA